UUGGGAGCUGGCGGUGUGUACACCAUACACAGAGAGAGAGAAACAGAAAAGGAGACAAACUGAGAGAACAGUAGAGAAAAGGAAAGAGACAGAAGAAAAGACUAAAGAGGGAGUGUGGAGCGUUUAGGUGACAGACGGCGAGGCUUCAGGAGCGGCAGCACCUUCGCUCAACAUCAUGCAACCUUGACUUGAGCUCCAUGUCAGCUAUGCUGUGCUACAGGAAGUGCCCUGACAGCGAACAAGAAGCCGGAGAGAACCUGACUGUCUGCAUAAAGGAAGAAAGAAGGAGGGAGGGGAAGAUGAGAAAGUGACAAGCCGGAUCGUUGCAUUUUGACGCCGACGCCGUGACUACACGUCCCAUCAUCCUACAGGCCGUGAUCUGAUUGGAUGGUUUUGUCAGAAUGACAGCUGAAGAUCCUGCUUCUUCUUCGACCAUGAGUAACAACGCUGCCCCUUCCAAACCCUCCAAAUCCUCUGGUGCCCAUCACUCUCACCAUGGACAAAUUAACAUCCCUGAGGGUGUUGCCGGUGCACCCAAUGAGACCGCACUGGUGGCCCUGAUGGAGCGUACUGGCUAUAGUAUGGUCCAGGAAAAUGGUCAACGAAAGUACGGCCCCCCUCCUGGCUGGAAUGCCCCAUCUCCUCCUCGAGGGUGUGAGAUCUUUGUCGGUAAGAUCCCACGGGACGUUUAUGAAGAUGAGUUGGUCCCGGUGUUUGAGUCCGUUGGACGCAUCUAUGAGAUGCGCCUGAUGAUGGACUUUGAUGGGAAAAACCGAGGGUACGCUUUUGUGAUGUACACUGAGAAACACGAGGCCAAGAGAGCCGUGCGGGAGCUCAAUAAUUACGAAGUGCGACCCGGGCGGCUGCUGGGUGUCUGCUCCUCCGUGGACAACUGCCGUCUUUUCAUUGGUGGUAUUCCCAAGACCAAGAAGCGCGAAGAGAUCCUGGAGGAGGUCUCCAAGGUGACAGAAGGCGUAUUAGAUGUGAUAGUUUAUGCCAGCGCUGCAGACAAGAUGAAGAACCGUGGCUUUGCCUUUGUAGAGUAUGAGUCACAUCGUGCAGCCGCCAUGGCUCGCAGGAAGUUGAUGCCUGGACGCAUUCAGCUGUGGGGCCACCAGAUCGCAGUGGACUGGGCAGAGCCAGAGAUUGAUGUAGAUGAAGAUGUGAUGGAAACAGUGAAGAUCCUCUACGUCAGGAAUCUAAUGAUGGAAACCAGCGAGGAGACGAUCAGACAGAUUUUCAGCCAGUUUAAUCCUGGAUGUGUAGAGCGUGUAAAGAAAAUCCGUGACUACGCUUUUGUCCACUUUACCUCUCGGGAUGAUGCUGUGCUGGCUAUGGACAACCUCAAUGGCACAGAGGUAGAAGGGUCCUGCAUCGAGGUGACCCUCGCCAAGCCCGUUGAUAAAGAGCAGUACUCACGCCAGAAGGCCUCAAAGGGAGGAGUUUCUGCCCCUUCAGAGGCUACUCAGCAGAACUACGUUUAUCAGUGCGAUCCCUACACACUGGCUUACUAUGGUUAUCCCUACAGCACCCUCAUUGGACCCAACAGGGACUACUUCGUCAAAGGAUCCCCAAUGAUACAGAACAAUGCAGGUACUGUGCGAGGUCGUGGUCGUGCUGCUGCAGGUAAUCGUACCCCUGGACCACGGGGGUCGUACCUCGGGGGUUACUCUGCCGGUCGUGGCAUCUACAGCCGCUACCACGAGGGCAAGACCAAGCAGCCUGAAAAGUCCUAUGAGCUGGUGCCCAGUCUGGAGCUUGCUGCUUCCGUCAACCCAGUUGGCAUCAAACAUGGCACAAUGACAUUACAGACUCUGGGUGGGCAGUACCCAGUGUUCAGCGCUGCUCCUGCAGCCAAGCUGAUGGAGGAGGGAAAGGUGCACACAGUGGAGCAUCUUAUCAACCCUCUGGCCAUGCAACACCCUGAACACUCCACCGCUGCUGCUACUGCUGCUGCCACCGUCCUGCCUGCGGUCUCUACCCCUCCGCCCUUCCAGGGCCGUCCAAUCACUCCAGUCUAUGCCAUGGCCCAUAAUGUACAGCGCAUCCCAGCAGCUGGUGGCCUGUAUGGACCCGGGUAUGUCCCCAUCACAAACUACACUGCCAACACAGCAGCUCUGGCUGCUCUGCAGAAAAAUGCAGCCGUGGCGGCUGCAGCGUAUGGAGGUUACGCCGGCUACGCAGUGCCACAGGCCUUCCCCGCCACAGCCUUCCAGCUGCCCAUCCAUGAUGUCUACCAGACAUACUGAUUCAGAGGCUCAGCUCCUGCCUGUGACCGAACUACAUCUCAGCAUUGUCUGUCCCAUCAUGCAGAAACAUCUCUUGAACUUGAGCUCGAAAGGAAUUUGUAGCACAUAUUAAAAGCACAGACAGUGACAAACAGCCUGAUUUCUCCUAUCUGACCCCAUCAGCCUCGGUAUAUCCUCAACCCAAGGUGAACAUAGUGUUUGUAAUUAGGCAGCGUCACGGUUUUCUACUGAAUAAUGUAACAAAUAUGACAAACAAUAACAAUAACUCACAAUACCACCUCUCAGCCUUUUGCUCUCUGGCUCCCACCACGGGGAACACUGAAGGUACGUUCAAGUAUUUAUAGAGAGAAGAUUUAUAUUUAAAGUUUUAUUCUUUGUAGCGCUCUCUUUCUGUUUUGUGGAGGUAUUUUAAACUACUUUAAGAGUAAAAAUUAAAAAGAGAGAAGAGUUAAUGGAAAGGAAGAAAAACUACAACAGGAACUACUAAUAACUGAGGAUGCCACUGAAGACAGCUGUCUCUGGAUAUACUAACGUCUUUUUUUUUUUUUUUUCUCAUCAUUAUAUAGUAUUCUAGCCAAUUUUAUGUGCUGUAGGUGAUGAUGUCCGUCUGUGCCGGUUGAAUGCUUUGAACAUGCCUGUUUGGUACUUUUUUUUUUGGUUAAUGUAGUUUUUAUUGUGUUUUGGUUUGUUUUUACAUGAAGGUUCUAGGUUUUUCUAGGUUGCAUUUAUUUACCUAUAAUUAGCUGUUUUUUUGCUCUUUUUUUCACUUUUGCCAGUUUGUUUUCUGUCUCCCCUUCAACCCUUUGAAACACAUUUGUUGGUUUUCUUUGAAGAAAUGUUGCCUGCUAAUUGUUAUCUGUGGGGAACGAGUAGUUAAUAAAGAAAACUGGAAAGCUUUUUAAAUGAUGUCCGGCAGACAUCGCGUGCAUGGAUAUGUUCCACAUUUAAAGAAACUGCACCGACAGGGGACUAAGACUGAAUUAUUUUUUUUUUCAGUUAUGUGUGUUUUUAUUGAUGUUUUAAUUGUUUGACUUUAUAAGGUGAACAAAUAUGGACAGAAAUGAGAGACAUUUUUCUAUAUGGACUGGAGCACUCUGUCACUUGAACAGCUCGUGCCUUUGCCAGUGCUGACCAAAAACCUUAACAUCCGCUGAAGUCUGAGGACUUUAGAAAGACUCCUAACUACAGUGCCUCACAUCUACAUGCUGUUUAUGCAGCUCCCUGCUUUUCACUGUGCCUUUUGUAAGAAAACUAAGCCCGUGUGUUUGGCACAAAGAGGAAUUCUCCCCCUCCUAUUUGUAUAUCCCAUUAACCAGAUUUGUGGUAUUACUGUAUUGAGGUUUCAGCUUCUGUAGCCAGAUGUGCCAGGGUUGCCUCCCUCCUCCUCCUCCUCCUCCUCCUCCUCCUUUGGAUGCUCCUGCAGUAGCACUCCGUCUCCUCUUUAUGUCUCAUCCUGACCGAGGCGCAUUUAAAAGGCAAGAGUUUGUCGCUUUCACAUGAAGAGAUUUGUGAGAUGUGUGAACCGGAGUAGAGUUUGUGCUUCUCCUCAGAUAAAGCCGGCAACAUGGAAUUAACCCUUCUUGAAUGCUUAGCGGGCACUUUGAAAACUCUGCAGUGUGUUGACACAAGUGUAUUGUUGGACUGGGAAUAACUGGAGCAAUGCCUCACACUGGAAUGUGCAAGUAUUGUAACACUCAAAUUCAAGCAGCUGCUGAUCAUGAAGUCACACUCCACAAGAGCCAUCCUUUUAUGAAAAAUGCCAAACAUUUGUGUGUCCUUUUAUUUGUAAACCAGCUUUUUUUUUUUUUUUUUUUUUAUUCGCUGCAUUUGAUGGAAUUUGUUCUUGCUAAUUUGAGGAUUCCCUAGCUUUUAAGUUUAGGCCCAAGAGUAUGAAUGAAAAGACUGAUAAUAGUCCACAUUUGUAUAAUCUCACUCUGUAUUCUGCAUUUUACUGCUUUGCUUUUCUCUGAAACUGGAUUUAAUGUAGAAAGCAAACUGCUGUUAACUGCUUUUAUUAUUAUCUUGUAUGAUGACAAUAAGUCGGGAUAUAUUUAAUAUAUGCAUUAUGUGUUUAUGAAGUGAGAAGAAAAGGCAAUAAUAUAUUGUAAAACAUAUUUCUUUUCUUUAUUUACACCUUAUUUAGGUAUAAAAGUCAGAGUAACAAUAUUAGAUUAUUUUUUUUUUUUUUUUUGCCAAAGUGUCCAAUAGUUUAUUAAACAUUCAAUGUUAUUGUGCUUUUGUUAGUUGUAACAUUGUUUGCCAUUUGGAACCAGACAUGCUGUUAUGAGUGGGAACGUUAAGUUCUUUGUGUUUUUCACUUCAAAGGUUAAACCGGGCCCGCUGAGGCGUUACAACCCAUUGGCACCUCCAGCUCAAUGUGUUGCAACUUUUGGCUAAAUUAUUAAAAGAUCUACUGAUGGAUGGACGGCUAAUGAUUUAGCCUCCACCAAGAUUUCACGUGUUUUAACGGGCAGAAAACUGAGUCCUCCUGCUUCUGCCUUCCACUCACAACACUUGCCUUACUUUCCAUCGCCUGCAUUUCACCCAAACUGCAGCAGCAGAAGCAGGAUGAUCUCCUUGUGUCAGUAUGGAGCUGCGCAUGCCUGAUUUAACAUAGACAUUAUUAUUUAAACUCUUCCUAGUGUGUGCCUUUAUUGCCAAGAUGUGCCCUUUGUAGACCUAUGCAGACUCUUUUCUAUCAGAAGGUCCCAUUUGCCUUGCAUUGGUAUAUUUAUAGCGAUACAGUAGAUAAAUAAAGCAUUUUUG